GGUUUUAUGAUGCAGAUAAUCGACUGCAACUGGAUGCUCAAACAUGCUUACAGGGCAAAAAGAAGCUACCUGGCAGGAGGAUAACUGGCUUCGAGUUCUCUCCAAGCGACUCGAGCAAACUUCUUGUCACUUCUGCUGAUUCACUAGUCCGAGUGAUAUGCGGCCUGGAUGUCAUUUGCAAAUUUAGGGCUUCGAGCCUUCGGUUUGCAGCAAACCAAAUUUCUGCGUCUUUUACCUCAGAUGGAAAACAUAUUAUCUCAACAAGUGAAGAUUCUAACGUCUACAUCUGGAACUAUACCAGCCAGGAAAGGACUUCUCGAACAAAGAACAUUCAGUCUUGUGAGAGCUUCAUGUCUCAAAAUGCAUCUGUUGCUAUACCUUGGCGUGGUAUUGAAACUGUUCCUGAAACGCUUUCAUCACCUGAAACUAGCGGGGAUGUUAAUAGUUUCCAAAGUGAUCAUAGUUGUCCGAAAUUUUGUGUGGAGAGAGAGCAGAAAAGGCUUUCCUCUUCUCCAUCAGUCUGUUUCUCUCUUGCCCGUGGAUUUCUGUUGGAGUCUUUGACAAGGGGAUCUGCGACUUGGCCUGAGGAGAAACUUCCCAACUCAAGUCCGAAGGCAGCCUCACCUUCAAAAUCUAGACCCGAGUUCAAGUAUUUGAAGAGUGCUUGUCAGAAUAUGUUGAGUUCUCACAUGUGGGGUCUUGUUAUUGUAACUGCAGGCUGGGACGGACGGAUUAGAACGUACCUCAAUUAUGGUUUACCUCUUCGACUGUGAGAAAAAUUAACCAUGGGGCUUAAUUUUCUUACUUGUAGGAUACAAGCAGGGUUAUCUUCAUGGUGCAGGGGUGAUGAAUAUACCACAGAUGAGAAAAAGGGCAACGCCUUUUAGACUCUUCAUACUGUAUAUAGUUUAAUUAAUUAGGUCAUUCACGAUGGCCAUUCCAUACUUGUGUAGCCCUCUUGGCAACAAAUUGCCCGGGCUGGCUUUUGUAGUUGUAUACAUGCAAGAUAUACACGAUUCUUUGAUUUGUUACAGUCAAAAUUGAAAUAGAAGCUCAUGGGCCAACUGGCCCGUUUUGUCUA